UUAAUUACGUUGGCCUCCCCAAAUUGCUAAAGCACAUCCGAUUUAAAGCCACAAAGUUAGAAUCUCUCCCUUACACAGCCCCUCUCUCUUUCUCUCAUCAUCUAUUUAACCCUAAUUUCUUCAAAACUUUCCAGCAAACACUCAUCUUCAACAUUGUUACAACAGCCGUUCUAAGUCAUUCACGGGGAUAAGACCAUUCAGGUGAUAUUGCUGAGCUUCUGUAGGACCUUGUCAUACUCCGGAUUGCGGGAGGGUUUGUGUGUUUUGAAUUGGUUGAGGAUUUUAUGUCCUUGUAAUGGCUUCCAAGAAGAUAAUUGCAAUAUGUCAAUCUGGAGGAGAGUUUGUGACAAACAAUGAGGAUGGGUUUUUGACAUAUACAGGUGGAGAGGCUUAUGCUUUGGAUAUUGAUGACCAGACAGUUUUGGCUGACUUUAAGAAAGAAAUAGCAGAGAAUUUUCAGUGUGGCGUUGAAGGAAUGACAAUAAAAUAUUUUCUUCCUGGGAAUAAGAAGACUCUCAUUACUAUAUCUAAGGAUAAGGACCUCAAGCGUAUGAUUAAUUUUGUCAAGGAUUCGGACCAAGUUGAGAUCUUCAUAAUUUAUGAUGAAGCUGUUGUGAAAAAUGAACCCAAUGUCUCUGCCAGCAGGUCGACAACUGCAUCAGAGGCAGCUCUUACUCCUGCCACCCCUGUGGAUGUGGAUAUGAUUCAGUGUGAUGAUCUCCUUGGUGCUGAUGCUGCCAUUGAUACAACUCCCCUGUGUGUCUAUCCUGAUGAGAACAAAGAGAAGCAUCGCCGAGCAGCUACACAAUGGGAGAACACAAUAACCGGCGUGGGUCAGAGAUUCAAUAGUUUCGCUGAAUUUCGUGAAGCUCUGCAUAAAUACUCAAUUGCCCAUGGAUUCGCUUAUAGGUAUAAGAAAAAUGAUAGUCGUAGGGUAACUGCUAAAUGCAAAGUUGAAGGAUGUUCUUGGUGCAUAUAUGCAUCAAGGUUGCCUACCACUCAGCUAAUAUGUAUCAAGAAAAUGAAUGAAAAACAUACAUGUGACGGGGCUGCUGUUAAAGCUGCGUACCGAUCAACGAGGGGAUGGAUGGGAAGUAUUAUAAAGGAAAAGUUGAAGGUUGCUCCGAACUACAAGCCAAAGGAUAUUGCAAAAGAUAUUGAGCGCGAAUAUGGUAUUCAGUUGAAUUAUUCUCAAGCAAGGCGUGCGAAAGAGAAGGCAAGAGAGCAGCUUCAGGGUUCUUUCAAAGAGGCGUACAGUCAGUUACCUUUAUUCUGCGAGAAAAUUAGAGAAACUAAUCCUGGAAGUGUUGCUAUAAUAGCCACUAAGGAGGACUCGAGUUUCCAUCGACUGUUUAUUGCGUUUCAUGCUUCAAUAUCUGGUUUCCAACAAGUUUGCCGGCCUCUUAUUUUCCUGGACAGCACACUUCUCUAUGCAAAGUAUCAAGGAACACUUUUGGCUGCCGUAGGUGUAGAUGGGAACGAUGGAGUUUUUCCGGUUGCCUUUGCAGUUGUAGAUGAAGAGACCAGUGACAACUGGCAUUGGUUUCUUUCAGAACUAAAAUCCGCUGUCUAUACAGCAUCCUGUCCGAUAACUUUUAUUUCUGAUUUCCAAAGAGGGAUAAGAGAGUCUUUGCACAAUGUCUUUGGUGAAGAGUGUUACCACGGCUUUUGUCUCCGUUAUCUUGCUGAGAAACUUAAUAACGAUUUGAAAGGGCAGUUUUCACAUGAAGCCAGACGCCUUAUGAUCCAAGAUUUAUAUGCUGCUGCUUGUGCAAUUAAGCUCGAGUCUUUCGAACGAUGUGUCGAGAAUAUAAAAGCUAUCUCGCCCGAAGUUUACAAUUGGGUCACUAGAAGUGAGCCAGAACACUGGGCAAAUGCCUUUUUUGGUUGGACAAGGUAUGGCCACUUGACAUCCAACUUUGGGCAGCUUUUUUAUGAUUGGGUAGCGGAGGUGAACGAACUGCCAAUUACUCAAAUGGUUGAUGUGUUACGAGGUAAGAUAAUGGAAUUGAUCUAUACUAGGCGUGUUGAGUCCAGUCAGUGGGUUACGACUUUAACACCUUUGAUGGAACAAAAACUUCAAAGUGAAACAUCAAGAGCAAGGUCGCUUCAUAUAUUAUCCUCGCAUGGGAGCACAUUUGAAGUACAUGGCGAAUCUAUUGAAGUAGUUGAUAUUGAACAAUGGGAUUGUAGUUGUAAAGAAUGGCAGCUUAAUGGGUUGCCUUGUUGCCAUGGUAUUGCUGCUUUGGAAUACCUAGGAAGGAGCCCUUAUGAUUAUUGCUCUAGAUACUUUUCAACUGAGAGUUACCGUGUAACGUAUGCCGAAUCUAUUAACCCCAUACCUCAUUUGGAAAGACCAAUUAAAGGUGAACCAGAUAUGGAGCAUACAGUCAUUGUUGUGACUCCUCCACCAACGAAACGUCUGCCUGGUCGACCAAAGAUGAAGAAGGCGGACACUUUUGACAUAGUCAAACGUCAGAUGCAGUGUAGCAAGUGCAAGGGCCUGGGCCACAAUAAGAAGACAUGCGGGAAGGUGAAUAAUAUUGAUGAAUCAGACCCUCUACAUCUCACUGGCUUGGUAACUGGAGAACUUGAAACUGCAGGAUCCAUGGAAUUGGAAUCUUCUUGUCCAAUGUAGUUAAAACUGAUAUAUUUAGAUACCUUUGAUAGAUAUCAUUUAGGACAAGAGUAGAUGGAAAGGUUUUAGGUAUAGGUUUUUCUUUCCCAGUAUGGUGACAUUUAAUUUUUUUUGUAGUUGGCUUUGUUAGUCAGAAUUUUUUGUUUAUAAAGUUGUGCUUGUUAAUUUGAUCUUUUUCAACUCCACGUGUCUGAUUAACAGUUCCGGAAGUAGCAAGAUGAGUGAAUGAAGGUGCUGUUAGCAGUUGUGAAUACUUUUUUCAUGGAGAUAAACCGUUGCAGCGGAAACGUUCCUUUUGUCACUUAUAUAAGAUUGAACUCAUU